AUGGGUAAAAGUUGGAUUUAUCACAUGAAGAAGGAGGAUCUGCUACAGACAGGCCAAAGAAUCGGAGUCAGCAUGAACGGCACGGCAGAGAAGAUGAGAAAACAGCUAGGCGAAUGGGUAGACAACAACGAGUCUGACCCAGAAUGGAAGGAAGAGAUAAGCAGAUUAGACGACAAGUUCACAAAAAUGUUCAAACCAAAACCAGGAACGAGCGCAGCACAGACAGGCGAGAACGGUGAGCACAAGGAGGCCGAGGCGUUCCAUAAAAUGAACAUGGCUACUCUGACGAUUCCCGCAUUCGUACCACCAAGAUGGGGAAGCAAGCUGAACAUAGUAGCGGACGCCCUGUCGAGGCAACCAAUGGAAAUAUGCAAUCGCAUAACAGACAACGGUGCUAGGCUACGACAAGCCAAUAAGGAGUUUGGAUGGAUUCAGGAUAUGAUGAAAAAAAUCAAGCAACAGCCACAGAAAUAUACAGAGUAUGUGGUGGAGAAUAGCCAAUUAUAUAGAAACGUUAUAGAAGUGGUGGCAUGGAAAAUGUGUGUGCCAAAGAGUCUACGACACCAAAUAAUGAAGGAAAACCACACAUCAGCGGCCGGUCAUACGGGCAACCGGCGAACAAUUGCUAGGACCUACUACUGGCCGGGAAUGCAAAGAGACAUCAGAAUUUUCGUCGGGAAAUGCAUGACAUGUCCACAAUUCAAACCUAAUCAACAACAAGCGGCAAUAAAAUUGUUAACAAAGGUGCCUGAGGAGCCAUGGGCAACAAUAUGCGCGGACUUUGUUGGGCCGUUGCCCAGAUCAAAACACGGAAAUUCAAUGCUGCUGGUAAUUAUGGACCGUUUCUCGAAAUGGACAGAGAUCAUACCCAUGCGCAAGGCACCUGCAGAGAACUCGGUGAAGGCCUUCAGAAAAAGGAUUUUGUCAAGAUUCGGGACACCAAAAGUAGUCAUAUCGCAUAAUGGAGUCCAAUUCAAGAGCAGGAUCUUCAAGAAAGUGCUAGAAGGAUGGGGAAGCAGCCACCAAUUAACAGCGCCAUAUACGCCUCAGGAAAAUCAGACUUAA